AUGUCAUCUUCUAUAGUAGAAAUUAAGCAGCUCUUCAAGAUUUCCCAAGAGGGAAGCAUGCAUGUCGCAAACGCAAGAGGAAUCUCACUUGAAUCGUUGAUGGCAUCAUUAAUGUUUUCAACGAUAUACUGUGUUUUGCAACUCCUUUUGUUCUACUACCUUCAGUCUCGGUAUCCACAAUUUUAUGAUAAAUAUGGAAACAAUAACAAAAGUAUUAGUAGCAGUAAUUUUGCACAAAGUUCUCCGAAUAAGUCCAAAAUGUCUUUCGUUGCCUUUUGCUUGCACCAUAUUCGUAAAAAAAACGAUAUUAUCAGGUUCUUAGAUAUAGAGGAUUAUCGUAAGUACGGGCUUGACUCUUACCUUUUUCUUAGAUUCUUGUACGUUUGCCUCUAUUUUUUUGUUGGCAUUGCAUUGGUAUGCUUGCCUGUUUUGCUUCCAGUGAAUUACUUGACAGAGGCCAAUGUGAAUUCCGGUUUGGAUUUGAUCUCAAUAUUGAACAUCCCUUCAAACAACACGUAUAAAUAUAUUUUCCAUUUUUUGGUGACCAUAUUCAUUGUCUUUUGGUUUCAUUAUAUCUUGGUCCACGAAGUGAAUUUCUUUAUCAAGCUAAAAUUUGGAUUUUAUUCAUCAAUGAAGAAAUAUGAUAGUGGGAAUAGGUUUUUGAAGACCUUGUAUUUUGAGAAUAUCAACACUGAGAAAUAUCGAACAGUAAGUGACUUGAAGAAGUUGCUUGAGAGUUUUAUACCCAAUUGCAUUGAAGACAUAUAUCCGGUUUACUAUUCUGCUCGAAUUGUGAAAAUGGUCAACAGGUACAGGAAGUUGAGGAAUGAAUUGGAGAGACAUUAUUCGGAGCUAGCCAAAUACAAGACGGGGGAAAGACAAAGUCAGGUAAAGAGUAUGAUGUACUUGCCAAUUAAAAUACUAAACAGUGACUAUGAGAUUACAGUGGUUGGGCUUUCGUACAAGGUUAAUAAAUGCAAUUACCUUCAGUCAGAAAUGAAGCACCUUGUGCAGGAAAUCCAACUGAUGAGAUUGGUACAUCUACAAAAUGAGACUUUGGAAGACCCACUUUUGGUCAACGACAAAGUGUUCAUUGUCUUCAAAAACAUAUCGUUCAAGUACAUACUGCAGCAAGUGCAAUUGAGUAUUGGGAAAGACUGCAAGAUGGCUAACUUUAAAAUGGCGGACAUUAGUCCGAGGGACAUCAAGUGGGACAAGCUCGUAGCGGGGGAUAACAACCAGAACUUCUUUCUCAGCAUCAAGGAAUGCGUGUUGUUUUUCAUUUCGGUGGUUGUCAUUGUAUGCUGGGUGAUACCGAUCUCGUGCGUAGGGACAAUAUCGCAAUUGAACUGUUUGACUAUGUUGAUUCCGACCAUGCGGUGGAUUAACCGAAUUCCGCAAGUUCUACAGGACUUUAUUUCCUGGGUGUUGCCAACGACGGUGCUUACCUUCCUUACUAGCUUUGCGUUGGUAAUUUUUCGAGUGAUCAGCAAUCGCAAAAGACACAUAACUGGAGCCAGCAAAGAAAUGAGCAUACAGCAAUGGGUGUUUGUGUUUCUCUUCUUCCAGCUCUUCAUUGUGAUCACAAUCUCCUCAGGGUUUAUUGUGGUGUUGCAGAAGCUCAUCUUGAACCCAGUCUCCAUUCCACUGAUCCUUGCAAUUGAUUUCCCAAAGGCAUCGAUAUUUUUCACAUCCUUCUUCAUUUUGAAAGGCUUGACACUUCUGGGAAAUAACGUAUUACAGUUUUACUACUUUGUGAAGAAAUGUUUUAUCGACGAUAGACUUCUUGGCAGCAAAAAGACCCGGCGGGAGCUGCACGAGGCCGAGCUCCGCAACAAGUACGAGCUCGAGAAUUACUGGGGACAGAUCUACCCAACGUUCAGCGUCUACGGGUGCAUCGGUAUCGUAUACUCGGUCAUCUCCCCCGUGAUCUUGAUUUUCUGUUGCAUCAACUUCACCUUGGAUCUUCUUGGGUACAAGUACUCGAUUAAGUACACGCUCAACCGCACAAAUCCGUCCGAGACCCACGGCAAACUCUAUAUUAACGCCAUCAAGCAACUGUACGCAGGCAUCUAUAGCCUCGAGGUUUUCGACAUCGGUUUGUUCUUCUCAAUCAGAGACUCUAACGGCGACCGCAGUUGCAUCGCUCUUAGCGUGCUUCUGAUGAUCGUCUUGGCCAUCACCGUGUACACGCACCUCCAUCUCAAUGGGGAACACGAGGGUCUCUGCGAGCUGCUGCUCGGCACAAUCACUACCGCAACCACCACUCAUAUCACUGAUGACGCACUUGCAUCGGCUGAGGGCUCUCAGAUUGAAAACACUGCAUCGGCUACAACUCUCUCCACAUGCAACCCGCUGUCUGCCACAAGCUGCUCGCCGAACCCGGCGUUGGCCACGUCGGUCUCAGAUGACUUCAAGGCCAACUCAGAUAACUACAUACCCUACCGGACCCCGUCCCAGAUUUUCUACGGCGACGACGGAUUGACCUUGACGUUAGCCAAGCGGUACGACAACCCCUCUUUGGUGUCAGACUUCUACAUCCUGUUUGGUAAGAUCGAGGUGUGGUUGAAGUCAGCGCCGGGCACCGGUGUCAUCUCGUCGUUCUACCUCCAGUCGGAUGACUUGGACGAAAUUGACAUGGAAUGGUUCGGUGGGGAUGUGUCUCAGAUGCAAUCCAACUACUUCUCCAAGGGCAAUACCACCACCCACGACAGAGGCGAAUACCACGACAUGGCCGACCCAAGGGCCGAGUUCCACAACUACACAAUCGACUGGGAUGAGUCUGCCUUAUCCUGGUACAUCGACGGCAACUUGGUCAGAACCCUAGCCAACACCUCCUCGGAAGGAUACCCCCAGUCGCCAAUGAGACUUUUCUUCGGUAUCUGGGCUGGCGGUGAUCCAAGCAACAACGAAGGUACCAUCGAAUGGGCAGGUGGUGAAACGGACUACUCAGACGCUCCUUUCUCCAUGGCCAUUGAGAAGUUGGUUGUCAGCGACUAUUCAACCGGAAAAGAAUACGAAUACUCCGAUACAUCUGGUGAGUGGUCCUCCAUCAAGGCUGUCGACGGUGAGGUGAAUGGCAGAAAAGUCAUCGCUGUGGCCGAGUUUGCCUCCCUCGUUAGUGGUAACAAGGAUGCGAGCAAUAGCAUAGAUUCAGUUUCAAAGUCAUCGGCUGUUUCCGCAUCUCCAUCUGCAUCGUCAACCUCCAAGUCUGAAUCUGAAUCUCACUAUAGUUCUGAUGAGGCCACCCCGACCUCUAAGUCCGAAAAGCAGAAGUCAUUAGACUCUGGCUCUUCGGUAACUACCUCUGCAAAACCGAAAACUACAGAUACCAAGGAAACUUCUGAUGCAGAUUCAACAGGAACCGAAAAGACUGUGAGUCUCAAGAGCAAGUACUUGAGCUCCAGCACGACUACUCUCCAUACAGCAACUACUUCGAAGUCGAAAAAGUCAGAUGACUCUUCAUCUUCUUCCAAGGAAGAGAAAUCAGCAUCGAGUUCCGUAUCAGCCCACAGUAACGCUGCAAACAGCAAAAUUUAUGCAGGUUCCUCAUUUGCCGCAGCAUUAAUGCUCAUGUUAUCAGUACUAUGA